AAAGAGAAACCUCUAAAUCUAAAACCAAACCCCCAAUGAACUCUACAGACCAACUCUGCAACUUUGAAGCUACUAAAAUCCCACAGCCACAGCCACAGCCACAGCCACAGCCACAUGGAGAACGUAAGAAACAGGUUAGAAGGAGACGCGAAACCCGAAGGCUUUACAAGCAAAUGCCUCUGAAUAUGGCUGAAGCUAGAAGAGAGAUUGUAACUGCACUCAAGCUUCACAGAGCAUCAACAAAAGAAGCUAAAGAACAGCAACAAAAACAGGACCAACAGAUUAAACAUUCACUUCCCGUGUACCCUCAUCAAUUCACCCCUUGUUUUGAACCUGAAAGAAGAAUGAAAUCCAGGAGAAAUCCCAGGAUAUACCCUGAUUGCUCAUUUUAUUUCCAAAAUGGGUCUGAUUUUAUUGCUCCUCCACCUGUUGCACAGAGUCUCCAUUUAGAUAUCCCUAUACAAACCUUAGGUCUGAAUCCCAAUUUUGAGGAUACUAGUUCAGUUGUUUGCAACAACAACAACAACCAUUCAUUUUAUUCACUUUCAUUCUUGCACCCGUCUUCAUAUAUUUGUCCCACUUUUGAUUAUGCUGCCACUACUCAUCGGGAAGUUCCCAAAUCAAUUUCAUUAUCAGAGGAAGAAGGGAGGUUGAUGGCUUCUGAUUUGUUUUGGUCCAAUAAUUUCCCAACUGGAGAGAGUGAAAAGGAGAUUCAUGGGGCAGUGGAGGAGGAGGAGGAAGAGGAGGAGGCUAUGGUGGCUGAGAUCAGGUCUAUGGAUGAGAAGCCUUUGGAGAUUGAUGGUCAGACUCACUGUACUUUUGAGAAUGUUCCAACUGGACAGAGUGAAGAAGCCAUGGAAUUUCCAGAUUGGUUGAGUAUCAAUGAUGAUUUUUUGCAGCCGCGUUCGAAUUAUCAGUUCUCAAAUGAGGAUUACCUUCAAGAUCCUGACCUAUCUUGCAUGGACAUUGGGGAGAUUGAAGAUGUGGAUGGAGAUUGGUUAGCAUGAUUGUUGGGUUUUUAUCUCAUACCAUGCUCUUUAAUAAUACGAGAAAACGAAUGAGUAUCUUUUUUCCCCAACCGUGAUUCCCUCCCCCUACGUACUUUGAUCAAUAUUUUUGCUAUAAACUUCUAGUAAUUCAUCG